AUGUCAGAAUUCAAUUUCUCUCUCACCUGUCCCAAAUGUCAAACUCCUUUAACUGCCCAAGAUUUUGACAAUAAUCACUUCACCAUCGCUCACUUACAAUCUUACUUUCAGCAAAAAGAGGCGGAGUAUAAACAACAAAUCCGCCAACAAAUGGAGCAAGAAAUUGAAACUUUACCCACUUUUCAGCAAUUAAAAUCCGAGAAUGAAAAACUGAAACUAAUAGUGGAAGGCUACAAAUUAGGCUCCACUAAAACUAGUAAAGCCAAAGGAGAAGAGUUAGAAAAAUAUAUUUUAGAGAAAUUACAAGAAACUUAUAAUGGCACUGAUGAAAUUAGCAAAAUAACCCAUAUCGGCGAAAAAGCUGAUAUUAUUCACACUAUCCACAAAGGCGACCAACAAUUAGCCAAAAUCAUUUAUGAAAUAAAAAAUGUGGAUAAAUGA